UACUUCUUCAGUUUGUUGUGUUUAGUUAGUUUAGUAAAUAAAAACUAGCAGCUUAUUACAAACAAUACUAUUAACGAUUAUUUUUAAUGUUUCUUGGAAAGUUUCAAAACAUUAUAUUUGAUUUAUAACUGUUAACCUAAUGUCUACACAAUGUGCAUAAACGUACACCAAAAUCUACUACUACACCACAUUAAAAACUAUGUUACAUUUAAUAUGUUUGUUAUUGUUAUGGGUCACUAAUAUAACUGCAGUUCAUAUUGUAUUUUAAUGUUGAAAUAUCUGUUUCUUGGGCAGUAGUCAUUUUUAAAUAUGUAAAGUUAUACUUAUAUUUAAUGAAAUAGGAGCAUGUAAAGCACAUAUUUUAAUGGAAAGAACAAUUUUUAGAAGAGCCACUAGAUGGAAAGAGUGAACGUGGAGCCAGAUGCUGCCUGUCCACUGGUACAGGAAAUGUUUUUCUUCUCACAAAUGCACUUUGGAGUCACAUCAAUAUUCUAUCAUCAGAUGUUGUCGUCAGUGAGUAGGUGGAUGUUGUCCCAGUGUAAACACCAAUUUUUUUUCCAGACCUGUCAUUACAGAGUUGCAUGUCAGCCUUAGGACGGGCAGUCUAGGGCCAGGCUAAGCAAGUUGGAGCCUCCAAAAAUGUGUGUUGGGGCAGGCAGAGCAUGGGUGGGGAGCGAGUGUGGGAGGAGGCAGAACUGUCCGUGACCUUAGCAAUUAAAAAUGUAUAAUUAAGUCUUUAAAAGAAAAGAAAUAUUUCACCAAAAAGUGAAUUGAAACGACAGCAAAACAAAAAUGUUUACCUAGUGAAACAUUUCACUGCAAGAGGAGAAACUGUACCCUGGUCUGUCAAUAAAAAGUCAAUAAACGUAGUAUUUUUAUGACAAUGCUCUGCACCCUCGUCUCAAUUCAAAUGUUCUCAGAAGAUUUUAUUUUCGCAGAAUAUCUUAUUCAAAACGGAUGUGUGGCGGCCUCCCAUCGAUUUCAACAAUAUUGAUUUUCGGCUGUGAUUAAAGCAAACAAUGAGCGUGAGACUGCGUACAAACAAACAAAUAAUUAAAAAAAACGUAAGGCGAGACCGCGUUUGUCAUAAGCAAACCCGCAUCAACGCGACCGAGCACACCGCGUUCCGUCUCCUUCCCCUCGGCGCAACGCUGCCCGCGUGCUGAGCUGAAACACCUGUUUAAACAGGCCUUCACCGUUAACCGCCGCACCCCCACCGUCCGCGGCCUGUUUUAAAGCCGGAGUGGUGACUCACUCCUCUCUCGGUUUAGAAAAACAGAUCCGGCCAGGCUGGGGCCCCGGCGGGGGGAAGGGAGGCCGGCGGUGGAUGAACACCGGAGGUGGACGCAGCUGGACUCCCACUCCCAAGGACCCCACAUCCUGACAACGGCCCACCGUGUUCCCAUAGUGACUGACCUGGGCGAGGACAAAACACCGCCAGGAUUCAUUCAUAUGCUUAUCUUUCCAGGCUCGUAGUCCCGAGUGGAACCGGGAACAGAGUCAAGAUACAGGAGGACAGAAAGUGGGUUUGAUGCUAAAAGGUUGAAGCGGAAUCCACUACUGCUCGUUUCAUAACAAAUGGCCUCAUUAGAAAUAAAAGCAGCUGGACCUUGCAGUGUGCCACGGAGCCGUUGAAUCCGAGACUCUUGCAGUGAUUGUCCUCCACUCCCCCCUCUUUUCCCGCCAAAAGCCUCAGGGGUUCGAAUUCUGCCCUUUUGUGAUAGGGCGAAUCGAUGUCUCCAUGGCAACCGUUGCCCCGGACAACAGUGGAUGCUCAGGAUGCAGCAGAAUACGUUGAUAUGCUGCACGUUGAGUCACUUAGCAUAAAACGCGCUGCAACGACACGAGGCUUAGAAACAGAGUAACGGGGUGAAUUGAUGAAAACAAUUAAAAUAAUAAUAAAUGUGAGACACAGCUGACUACAUUAACCGCUAGAUGGUGGCAUUGUAUCCUUAAUAAAAUCCAAAGUGUAGAGAAACCUGAAAGAAAUAUUAAAUUAUUAAUGUUAUUAUUCAUAUUAUUAUUUUUUAUCAUAUACACAGCAAACUAAAAUGGUGUAGUUAAGUUAUUUCUAUUGCAAAAUAAAUGAUAAAUAUAAAACAUUCCUAACGUUUGUCUUUGUCCCGGAAACUUUGUCGAUAAAGUUGAAACUUUAUUGAAUUUGAACUGUUUCUUAUUGCUGUAAUCAUGGCGUCUGAUCCGACUGUGACCGGAGUUCCUCCAUCACUAUCUGCCAAAGUAGUCGGGUCUUUCGCGUACUUUACAGUUAAAGACAGGUUGCCGACCAUUCUCACCAAAGUUAUUGAUACAAUUCAUCGCAACAAAAACAAGUUUUUUGAAGAAUAUGGAGAGGAGGGCAUCGAGGCGGAGAAGCAAACAAUAGGCUUGCUGUCUAAGCUGAGGAACGAGCUGCAGACUGAUAAACCAGUUCUCCCUCUGACUUAUGGCCGACAAGAUACUGAGCCGUGGAACCAGUACCUGCAGAGGCAAGUGGAAGUGCAGGGGGACCCGGAGUCCGUGAGCUGGUUCAAAUCCCCCUGGCUGUACGUGGAGUGCUACAUGUACCGCAGGAUACAGGAAGCUGUGUGGCUCAAUCCACCCAUCAAUGACUAUGAUGUCUUUAACGAAGGAAAGACUCAGAGCUUCUUUGAGUCUCAGCAGGCUGUGAUAGCCAUUUGUACCUACUUGGAAGGUGUGAGGAAGCACAUUGAAGAGCUGUCAAAGAAUGAACUUUUGGAGCAUUUCCGCAAACUGCUGCUGGUUUCUCUUUGGGGUAACAAAUGUGAUUUGUCUAUCUCUGCUGGCAAAGAGAACUCACAGAAGACCAGUCCAAUUGACUCCCUCAACGACCUAGAACCUUUUAUUUUAGUGGAUGAUUCUAACAUGGUAUGGUCAUCUCUUCUUUCUGCUCAGAAGCCAGUGCAGCCAGGUAAAACCACGCCAGGCCGGGUGGACAUUGUACUAGAUAAUGCUGGCUUUGAGUUAGUUACUGACUUGGUGUUGGCAGAUUUUCUGGUCUCCUCUGGCCUUGCGUGCGAGAUCCAUUUUCAUGGCAAAUCCUUCCCGUGGUUUGUCUCUGACGUCACAGCUAAUGAUUUUCAGUGGAUCAUCCGAAAGGUCAUGGCAGCCAAUCACAUGUGGAUGUCGAAGAGUGGAGUGCAGUGGCAGCGGUACCUGAAAGAGGGCGUGUGGUGCUAUCAUGAUCAUCCCUUCUGGACUCAGCCUCAUGAGUUCUGUGAUAUGGCCGCUGAUGCUCCAGACCUAUACGCAACCUUGCAGCAGGCAGACCUGGUGCUCUUUAAAGGUGAUCUCAACUACAGGAAGCUAACGGGGGACAGGGACUGGGACCACACGGUGGGCUUUGAUACAGCGCUGCGAGGAUUUGGACCUGCACCGCUAUGUAGCCUAAGAACUCUCAAGGCCAAUGUUCAGGUCGGUCUGCAGCCGGGCCAAGCAGAUAAGCUCACUUCACAAGAUCCAGACUGGAUGACCUGUGGCAAGUAUGCUGUCAUUCAGUUCUACAGCCCAAAGUCCGAACAAUACAACUGAUCACAGUUGUGGAUACAUAAAAACAUUAAUGUAAGAAAUACCAUAAGCAGGAGUCCCUCUGCCUUAAGACCCUUAGCUUAGACAACGUUGUUAAAUGGUGUCUCUCUCCCUCAUAAGCAAGAGCUUCAUGUUUAACACAGGAAGUCCCAGUAACAGAGGUCUAUAUUUUCACUACUGAUUUCUAACAUCUUAUUCCAAAACUGUUAGCACUUUUAUAUCUGUGUUCUCCCGUGAAUUGAACAGUUUACAGUGGCAAAUCAAAAUUUUUUUUAUUGUUUAUGUUUUACAAAAUAAACAAUCAUGUUUACAUGUUGAUGCAGGAUGACUUUGGCUUAGCUUGGUUGUUUCUGUUGCACUUGGCACCACUGAUGCAUGCAUCAGGACUUGCAUACAGGUAUUUAAGUUAGCUGUAAGGCACAUCGUCUAUCGGUGGUUUAAAAGUUGUUGGGGUGGUAUUAGAGUUAAACAUUAACUGUUAAGACCAUAGCACUGCUUGAUUUAAUAGCAUCCCAGACCUCUGUCCUAAUUAAUUAAUUAAUUGAUUAAUUAAUUGGCCAAUUAAUUAAUAUCUCUUACUGUUAUGUAAUGUCAAGGAUUACGGUUCAUUGUCAGUUACAGUACUUUACAGUGAUGUUAACUGGAUUAUUUUUCGUAUUUCUGUGGAAAAUUCUGCCAAUGACAAACAGCUUUAAUUUAAUAAACCGCUGCAGUGAGA